AUGUUUGGCUUUGAUGGUAAUUUUCUCAGAGGGAUUGCACUGAAGGGUAACCCUUAUUCGUUGGCUUUUACCGAGUCAGGUGACCUCCUUUUCCGUGUUUCUCUUGACUUGUUGAACAGCAGAAUCGCUCACUUUACUGAAAAUGGUCAGUUUGUCACAUGCAUCGGUGAUGAAGAUGUAAAGGAUCCUUUGUACGUAUCUGUUAUCAGUGAUGGUCAACUUCAACUUCAACUUUCAACUUCAAAUUUAUUCAUUCACUUUCAAUUUACAAUUUAUUACACGAUAGCUUCCACCCGCGUAUAGGAGAACCUAAUCGAGGCGGGGGAAGAGACACACAAAUUUAAAGAAAGAAAAGAAAAAAAGAACUAUUUUGCAAACAGUACCAGCUGUCGCAAAAUAAAAACUAUAGUAUGUAUUAAGCUAAUUUAAUUGUAAUAUGAUUUACACAGAGAAUAUAAAUGUAGUUGUGUUCCUGAGCUAGUUAAAUUUAAGUUGAUGCAUGAUUUCAGUGAUUUCAAGAUAGUUAUCAGAUUUAGAUAAAAUUUCAAAGAGCUUAUUCCUUAUCUUUUUCCGAAAGGCAGAUUUUGGUAAGUUUCUCAUAUCUGAGGGUAAAGAAUUCCAGAUUUUUGGUCCAACUCUUAGAAAAGAACUACGCAUUUUUUCAAGCCUUGAGUGUUCGGUUUAGAAAUCAUCAUUGAGAGAAGAUCGGGUAGGAUAUGAGUGCACCUCAGAAAUCCUAGUAAAGGCUCUCUUGAUAUUUUCAGUUGCAGAAUUGUUAGCAACGUCCCACAUGAUACUACAAAGACAAUCAAAGUAAAUAAAGGAUAGGGGAAAGACUUUUGAUUUUAAGAAAAAUGGUACAGCAUGUUGCUUAUAAUCCGUAAAGUAAAUCAGGCGUAGGGCUCGUUUUUGAAUUAAGAGUAUCUUAUUUAAAUAAGUUUUAGGUGCAGAGCCCCAAGCACAGAUGCCAUAAUAAAGAUAGGGGUUGAUAAGGGCUUGAUAGAUAUUUAAGAGGGGACGUAAUGGAAUACUAUGUCUAAGCUUUGCUAGAAUUCCCACGGUUCUACUUAUCUUUAAACAGAUUAGAUUAAUAUGGUUUUUCCAGGAAAGUUCAUAAUCAAUCAGAACACCAAGGUAUUUGACAAAAUCUUUCUUUUCUAGCUGGAUCAUAAGCUUUGAUGGAGGGAUUAUAUGUUAAACAUUUCUGCCGAGGACGGAAAAGCACGUAAUUAGCGACAAGAGAAUCAAAGUUCUUACAACUGAUGGAAAAAACUCACCUCGGUCGUUCAAAGCCCCGGAUUGUGAUGAAACUCAUGUCUGUGUCGUUUAUCACCAGGAGAAAUUCUUUGCUUCCUUUUCUUCUGCUUGUCGAGUCGUGGUAUUUAACGAAGCAGGGGAGUAUAUACAUGACAUUGGAAGCGAAGGAUCUGGUGAGGGACAGUUCUCGAAUCCCACUGGUCUCGCUAUUGACAAGUUUAGCCGUUUGAUCGUUUGCGAUGCGGGAAACAAGAGAUUGCAGCUUUUCACUCUUGAAGGAAAGUAUAUCACUCAGAUAGCUGGAAGAUUUUUUAAGGGAGGUCGUCCUCGUUAUGCUGUCAUCUAUAAUACUGGAUAUUUGUUUGUUACUGAUUCUUAUCGAGACUGUGUCUAUGUUUUCCAUUAG